AAUUAGAAUAUAUUUUCCAAUUUUUCCUGCUCAGAUAGUUUCUUUUUUGCAUAAAAUCCAAUAAAAUGGAAGAAAAUGAACCGAAAAUAAAUAAAAAUACUGCAACCGGUGAGCUGCAAGGCCAAGGAUCAUCGCAAGCGGCGAUUACACAACCAAUUGACAGCGGUACAUCAGACAUGGUGCCGAGAACGCAACUAUUGGAACUGCAGGAGGAGAAUCGUAAGAUGUUAAAUAACUUCAAUGCCCAACGGGCCAAACUGAAGGAGUUGUUUGUGCAAAAGGAACAAGAGCUGAAUGCACUGAAAUCGAAGUUGACGGUGAUGGAAAUUAAGGCCCAAGAGGAGAUAUCUUCACUGCAACAAUUGGUGCAAGAAACCGUCGAGGAGUCUGCCAUCUGCAAAUCAGAAUUAGAACUUCUGAAACAGGAGAAUCAACAUAUUCUACAGGAAAAUCGGCAAUUACAAGAAAGUUUGCAUUCAGCCUCAACGUCAACGUCUCAGGAACUUAGUAGCUUGGCACCCCAAGUCCUGAACCAAGUGAAGAAGACCAUAGCACGAAUAGGUAAAAGUGGUGAUCCUCACAAUCCUUCGACUGGUGAUACGGCAACAGAUGAUGCCAACAAAAGCAAAAACGAGGGUAAAUAUAGCCAAGAAGAUUCCGAAGUGCUUGGAUCAAUUGUAACUCAGUUGCAAGAAGAAAUGAAGGCAUUAAAGGAAAAACUAAGAGAGGCUGAUGAAAAACUACACACCACCAACACAAGCAUUCUGGGCGAAGAUGACCCAGCGAACACAACUAAACCCCUAUCUCCUGUGACAUGUGAAAACUGCAACGCUUUGGAAAAAGAUAUUGAAAUUCUUAAAACCAAUGAGGCUGCUAAAAAUGAGAAAUUGGAAAAACUUAAAAAACAAUUGGAAGAAAUCCAAAAGGAGUUGGAAAAAGAGGCUGAGUUGAGGGCAGUUCUUGAAAAUCAAUGGCAAGAGAAACGAGAGGCCCACAAAAACGAGGUGCAUGUGCUAAGGGAACAGGUCACCUCCAAUGAACAACAGCUAUUGGAAUUACAACAGAAAUUCUUGGAAACCAAAGACGAAGUCUCCCGCCAGCUACAGCGCCUCGACGAAGAACGGGAAAAAGUCAAUAAACAUUUGGAAUUGUUACAGGCCGAUAAUGAUUUCCUCUCUGGUCGUUAUUUAGCCACGGCCGAGGAGAUUGAAAGUCAAUACAUUAAUUUACCAAACAACGUUGAAGAGUUACAGGAAAUAAUUCUAAGGCAGCAACAAGAUUUGAUACAGGCUCGCUUGGGUUGUGAUUAUGAGAAGAAACGUUGUGUAACGUCCCUGGAUGAAAUACAAAUAUUGCGUGAUCAAUUGGAGGCGAGCAACAGUGAAAGGACUGCAUACAAAAAGAAGGUGCAAACGGAGAUACGCUCAUUACAGGAUCGCAUUACCCAACACAUGAUGACCCUGCAAAAUUGUGAAUCAGCCAAAGUGGCCUUGGAGCGCAAGGAGGCCGAACAAAAUCGUCAAAUAUCAGCGUUUAGAGUGGAGAUAAUUGAAUUAAAUGAUCAGAAUGAAAAAUUAACCAAAUCUCUGGCCGAUGCCAAGACAAAAAUCAAAAAUCUCCAAGAUGAUCUGGCCACCAGUGAAGAAGUACAAAAAGAUUUUGUUCAAUUGUCCCAGACGCUGCAGAUGAACUUGGAACAGUUGCGACAUUCCGACUCGGAGGUACGCUGGCAAGACGAUGAUGAUGUCUCCAAUUGUCCGGCAUGCAAAAGCUAUUUUACUGUGACCGUUCGCAAAAUCCAUUGUCGUCAUUGUGGCCAUAUCUACUGUGAUAAGUGUAUAACCAAAACGGUGCAAUCCGGGCCACGUAAGCGACCGGCCCGUGUGUGUGACAUUUGCCAUACAUUGCUGAAACCGCAUAUAGCUCCAUAUUUUAGUCAAGAAUCGGCGGUGCAAUCACAACAGGCGGCCUCCAAUAACACCUAGUGGACGUAAGGUGGUGUUGGCACGUUAGCACGUCAAACUCAUUUUCUAAUUUUAUGUGGGGGAUUUUAGUUGGAGUUUUAAUGAAUUUAAGCAAAGAAUUGGGGAUUGUUUUCGUAAAUUCCUGUAUUUUAAACAUAUGUAUGUCAUAGAAACUUUUAACUUUGUAAAAGUUAAAAUAUUUUUUUUCUUCUAAAAACAAAAAUUCUGAGAUAUUCAUUUUUUUUACAAUUUAAAGCCAAAUUUAUUUAAAAAGAAAUUGAAAAAAAAAAGAAAAACAAUAUGUUUCUAGUUAUAAUUUUAGGAAAGUUUAUACUAUUCGUCGUUUAAGCUUCAAAUAAAAAAAGGAUAUGAUCUGUU